GCUCCCCCGGCUUUUCGAUUCCGUGGAUUACGGAGUACAGUAGUGCCGGAAGCUGCACUAAUAACAGUAGUACGUAACUGUGACUGUGGGUUGAGGCGUGAUGGGGCAUCCUCGACGAAAUCUCCACCAAAGCGAGAGUAGUAUAAGGGGCGGAUAGCGAAAUAUCUCCGCCAUCGGUGUCUCGAUCUCACCUCCAGAAACAAGCUGGCCCAUAUUAUCAUUGCAGUCUGGGCCAUCGUGAACCUGAUAUUGAAUUGGUCAAUUAGCCACGUCAGAUAGGAAGCAUACUAUCCAGCAUGCCCUCUUUCUCGCGCCUCGUGCGAUUCCUGGCCCGGGACGGCCGGACCUACUACGGCGACGCCAUCCUCCCGCGGGGCGUCACCGACGUCAGCAAGGCGCGCCAAGCCCGCAUCGUCAAGGGCGACGUCUUCGGCAAGCACGACGUCACAGACCAGGUCGCCGACAUCCGCAUGCUCCUCGCGCCCCUGGCUCCCGAAGAUGUCCGGACGGUGCGGUGUCUGGGCCUGAACUACGCCGCCCAUGCGAAGGAGUCGAAAAUGCCCAUCCCUCAAUAUCCCGUGGUCUUCUACAAACCGGCCACGUCGCUCUCGGGCCCCACGGACCCGAUCCCCGUGCACCCGCUCGCGCAGCAGGGCAGCGGGCUGGACUACGAGUGCGAGCUGGUGGCGGUGAUCGGGCGGCCCUGCUCGGAUGUGCCCGAGGCCCGGGCGCUCGACUACGUGCUCGGCUACGCGGUCGGCAAUGACGUGUCGCACCGCGACUGGCAGCUCAAGCGGGGCGGCGGCCAAUGGUCGCUCGGCAAGGGCUUCGACGGCUGGGCGCCCUUCGGCCCGGCCAUCGUCACGGCGGACCUGAUCCCGGACCCGCAGGCCCUGGCCAUCAAGACGCGUGUGAAUGGGAAAGUCGUGCAGGAGAGCACCACGGCGGAUAUGAUCUUCAGCGUGAAGAAGACGAUUGCGUUCCUGAGCCAGGGGACGACGCUCUUGCCGGGGGAUCUCAUUUUUACGGGCACACCUCAAGGAGUGGGUAUGGGCAGGAACCCGCAGGUAUGGCUGAAGGACGGCGAUGUCGUGGAGGUUGAGCUUGAGGGUGUCGGGACCUGCACCAAUACGGUCGAGUUCGGUCGCGCGAGGGAUGCUAAGCUCUGAGUGAGUCGGAAUGGCAUGAGCUCUCGUUGGUGUCAAUGAAGAUUGGAAGCUGCGAGCGAAGCUGCAUCCCGGGCUGCAAACUUCGGCAUCCGACAAGGGAGGAGGCCAGCUACCUACACUGUCAAUUCAGACAGCUUAGGAUCCAUGGUGGCCGAUGAGAUACGAAAUACACUCCUUGACUCUGCUUGUCUGGCCUGGUUUGUAGCAUCGGUUACGUGGUCAGGGCUGACCAAGUCAAAUGCACAUAGCCCAAGACAACCCUCAGCGAAUUGUGAGAAAUCGGUCGUCUCUCAGCUUCGGUCUAGACUCCGGGCUUCUCAUGCUUGAGAGUUUAUUGAAUUGAAUGGUUGAGAUUGAAAAUCUUCGG